AUAUAUGAAAGGAGAAAGACAGGAGAGCAGAGGUGGUUGAUAAAUUCUUUUUUUUUAUUUUUUAAACAGUUUAAAAUUGUAACUGAAAAAGCAACUGAAAACAUUAGAAAAAAUAUUUAUAGAAUAUCAAUAAAAGAAUCAAGAAAAUAUUGGAAAAAAAAUAAUAACACAGUGGAAAGUGAUAAACUAAAAGAAAUAUAAUGGAUUAUCCAGUUGAUACAGAUGACGAAGAGCCGAGAGAAGGAGAUUUUGGUGUUGAUUACGAAGUUAAUAAUGUUAUCGAAACGAAAAAGAGGGUCAGAUUUGCUGAUGAAUACGAGGAAGAUAAUGGAUUAAAUCAGGGUGAGGAUUAUGAAGAUGUGCUUUACACGAAUUUAGCUAUGAAAAUUUUAGAUGAAUAUUCCAAGGGUGACUAUGAUGAUGAGCAUGCUGACUUUAUAGAAAAUCCAGGUGAAAAUGAUGUAAAACAUCGCAAUUCUUCUAUUUCUUCAACCGUACCAUUGUCUGCAACAUCAUCAAAAACGUAUUCAAAUUCGUCAUCUAUUAAAACAAUACAACCAACAAAGACAACUUAUGCUAGUACAAUAUCAACAACAACAACAACGACAACGACACCUGGUCGAAGAUUUGUAAACAAUGACGAACGUGUUUCAAUAGCCAAUUUGAAUGUGGCGAAAAAACAACUGCAAAAGUUUACUAUUCAAUCAGAAAACAAUAAGAAUACUUUAAAGAUGGAAGACAAACGAUAUGAUAGUGUAAUAGAAAAGGAAAUACUUUUAGAUGAGGAAAGAGAAUUACAAUUAAAAAAGGAGAGAGGAAUUAUUGUAAAUUCUCAAGAUUUCCAAGAAAUGACUGAAGUUGAUAGACAUACCCACGUUCAUAAAGAUGAAAUUAAUGACGAAUUGAAUGAAGAAGAUGAACAUGACGAAGAUGAAGAUGAAGAAUUUAAUGGAAAUUAUGAAACCAAUUUUCAUUCAGCUAAGGAAGAGACUUUAAUAGAAAAAGAGAUAAGAUUAGCUAAAGAAAGGGAAGAAGAGCUUAGACAACAACGCUCGUCCACAAGUCAAAUACAGUCACCACGACCAUCUACCACUAAUCCAAAUACGCCUACCCCUAUUAAAAGUGUCGUUGCUAAAACGCCUACUCAUUUUACUUCACCUUCAUCUACACCUACACCUAAUUCUACGCCAAAAACAAACGUAAAUCAACGAUUGUCUACUCCAUCAUCUACUUCUUCUCUUAAACGAAGCUCUCCUGCUCCAAUAGUAAUCCACGAAAGUCCAUGCAAUCAAUCAACUGAAAACAGACUUGCGAGAGAAUUGAGGGAGCAGGAGGAAAAAGAAGAGGAACUUCGAAUUAUUCGAAAGAAAAUGGGGUUACAAACAAAAGUUGAUGGAAUUGAAACAACGCCUAUACUUCCCAAUAUGCAGAAAAUCCAGAGUCCAUCCAUAAAUGAAUCGCCAUCUUCUCAACAUACAGAGAAGACUCAAUCUCCUCAUCAUUUUUCCGAAUCAUCUUACCCACCUGCAAAAGUAAAAGUAGCUCCUUUGUUAGAAGAAGACGAAACUGACCUCAGUCGAUUUGAAGUGAACACAAACGAAACUCCAAUUGAGACAGAAAUUAGACUGGCAAGGGAGCGAGAAGAGAGCUUUAGGAGAGAGAAAGGUAUAUCUCCAAAAGUAGCAAAAGAACAGGGGUCAAACUCUCCUCAUCAAAGAUUCUCUACUGGAACGCCGCCUAAUAUUGCAAAAACGAAUUCUAAUCAGAACUAUAAAACAUGGGUGCACUCAAGGAUUCAGAAUGAAAUUCAAUUGGAGCAGGAAAGAGAGGAAAACUUGAAACAUCAAGGCAGAAUAAUAACUACAUCAAAAGAUUCAGAAUCUGACGUUCGAAAAUAUACAGAAGUUACACCAACACAGCCAAAUAGCGAUAGAAAAUCAUUUGGAUCUGCAGGAAAGUCAAUUUUAAAGCACGAAAAUCAAACACGUAAAUUAUCAGAUUCAAACAGACCAAAUUCUUAUAAAUCUCCACAAAAUAUGAACAAUUCACCAAGAGGUUCAAUAGAUAGUACAGCAAGACAGAUAACGUCAAGCUCUUCAAUGAAUUUUGAAAACACUCCUACAAGCACAACGCGAAGAUUAAGCAGCGAAAACAUUCUAAAGCCCUCACCAAGGAGUAAUGACCUAAUUGAAAGAGAGUUGAGAGAAAUGCAUGAGAGAGAAGAAGAAUUGAGAAAGCAAAGAACUGCUCUCGGUCUCUAUCAUAAGAAUAAUGUACAGGAUAUAUACAACGACGACGAUGAUGACGACGACAUAGAAGAACAUAUAGAAACAGCCGAGGUAUACAGAGACGAAGCGAAUUUUCGUCGCUCGAGUAGUUCUUCAGUGGCAUCCUCUCAAAAUCAGAAUGAGAGCGGUUCCGCCGAGAGAGCAAGAAGAAAACAUAGAUUAGAAGCUGAGUGGAACCAAAAAAUCCAACAAAACUAUUGAAGAAAAAAUAAUAAUAAAAAACGAUUUUUCAAAAUGUUCAAUACUAUCUCCGUUUCGUUUACAAGUAAAUGGAAGAAAACUUCAAAGAACAGCAUCUUCCCUGGCUUUGCACUUUUUCGUUUUUUUGUCUCUUUGCCUUUAUUCAUCUCUGCCUCCCUCUCUACUGCUCUAUCCUAUUUUUUUUUUAUUUAUAAAAUGAUUCAAAACAAACUUUUCUGGCAAAUUUUCUCUCUCUCUCUCUCUCUGCUAAUUAUGAAUUCAUGAACUGCUUUUUUAUCAUUUUUUUUUUUAAAAGAAAACUUUACUCUCGAUAUUCGAACAAUCAAAAUAAAUGUAUUAAAUAAUUACAACGAUACAAUCAAAACUAUUGUAGUACAUAGUUUAUUGUGUUAUAGGGUUGACGCUUGUUUCGGUUUUCGAGAAGAUAAACUUGAGAUUACUCUGUGGUACGUAUUUUAGUGCGUAGAUUCUUGGUAGGAAUAAAAGAAUAAGGGUCAUAUAACCGUUUAAUAGACAACAAGAGGCUAACAGUAGGAUUUGGUGUUGAACUUUAAGUGAAGAAAAGUAGGCUGACAAUAAAACAAUCCAUACAAAAAGAGUCGCACUAACAAGACAGAAAAUAUGAGAGGCUUCGUUAAAAUUCUCUGGAAAUCUUCUCGAGAAGAAGCCCAGAAUGCAGCAUAUUAUACAUAAAAAUAUGUUGUACGUUAAGGUAAUAAUUAGAGCCGACAUACUAUAUUGACAAGUUGUUUCAACGUAAUUUUCGUGGAUAAACGGUUGUUUCAGCACUAUCAGUACUGGACUAAUAAUAAAUGUUAUGUUUGUGAGGCCUACUUGAAUUAAAAUUAAAACUCCUGUGAAUACUAUUUGGUAUUUAUCUUUAACAAACUUUAGAUUAGUUCUUCCUUCUGUCCCAGCUCUGAAUAUUCUCAAUAGUCUAGCUACUUUGCAAAGAAGAGGUGCGUAUAAUAUAGUGUAGGAUAGAUUAAAUAGAAUUCUCUGUACAUAGCAAAUUUGCUUUGUUGGCUGUGCUAAAAUGAAGAACACUGUUAAUAGUAUUAUUGCAACCCCCAAUAGGCUAAAGAGAGACAAAAUCAAUGAAGAAGCUUUAAUGAGCUGUACUUUUCGAUUUAGAAUAUAAACGAUGACUAUAAACAAUUCGGCGGCCAAGCCAAAGACUGCGAAUAAUUCCAGGCAUAUACUAUGGGUAUCAGAUAAUUUUGAGGACCAAGGUUCUAUAUUCAGGCACAUUGUUGCAGUUUCAGCAUCUGGCCAAGUAAAUUCUGGACAGCAUGCACAUGAAGAAUUAUCAAUAAUAAUUUCAUUUUCUCGACAUCUUCUACACUCCCAACAGCAAGUCGUUUGGAAAGUUAUACGAUAAUGUUUUGGAGGGCAGGGGAAACUGCAAAUUCCUUUUGGUUUUUUGUUCCUAAACCAGGCGAUAGGAGAUUUUUUCCAAGUGAUUGUGUUAUUUGAUCUAAACCAUUUACCAACAGUUCUCCUAUCGCCCGCCACUGUAAAUUGAACAAUAUCGUAAUCUCCAAUUACGUCACCAACACUAUCAAACAAGACAUUUCCUGUUAAUGACGGAAAAGUUCCCUUACGUGUUUUCUCAAGUAUUUUCUGUCCAGUAACGCAACUGUUCAAUUCGUGUUUAGUAGCAUUAGGACAAUCUUCUUUGAUAAUCGCGUCCAUAACUCGAGAGAAUAUCAAUACAGAAUCAUAAAUACCUGACGACCAAGCUUCAGAGAAUUUAAGUUGUUUUUCUUUUAAUGAGGAAAUUUUUGAAUGAGUUUGACAAAUUUUCGUAUGAAGUUUUGUUUUACUCCAACUACAAUCAAAAAUUUUUGACCAAUAUUCGUAAAGCCAUGGAUUUUCAGUAGAAUUUUUUGGAAUCUCGCCAUACACUUCUUCUCUUAAACCGGGUACUUCUAUGAAUGGAAAAUUCGUAAAGAAAGUAUUAUAUUUAACAACAGAUCUACUCUUUUCUUCCAAAAAUGAUAGGGAAUCUGUUCCCAAGUAUAAUUUCGACAGUAGUACAUCAUCUCCACUUAUUUUACGAAAAAAAAAGUUUGAAUUACUAUUACCAAGUGCCAAAACGACGAUAUCUGUCCUUGUAUCCCUCUUAAGCUUCUUACAUAUACGAUUCCAGUCAUUCUUCGUACUCUGGCCAGGAACCUUUAUAUACGAUGAAACGCAUAUGUUUCUCUGUGCCGCAACAUUUUUUAUCCACCUCGCUGCGUUUUCACCAUAGGGGCCUUCAGAGUAGACAAUGGUAAAAACGUUCCAGCCAUUUUCAUACAUGAAGGAAACAAGAGCAACAGCCUGGAACUUAUCAGGACUUACCACUCUGGAAAAGUAAGGAUAUCUUGAUUUGUCCGAUAAAUCGUCACUAGACGCUGAAGUUGAUAUUUGAGGUAUUUCAUAUAAUCCAAAUAACGGUGCAACCUUGAAUGAUAUUUCACAAUGAAACAUUAUCGAAUGAUAAAAAAUAUAAAUUACACAUUACCACUCUAGCCUGGGUACUUGAGUAGGGGCCAACAACAGCAUUUACUUCAAAUCUCUGCUCAGGAAGAAACAAUAGAGAUUCACCAAUAACACUCAGAAAGUUAUCGCAAUCAUCUAAAAUGCUAUAACCAAGUUUAAUACCAGAAAGAAGGUUCGUAUCCUCAUUCACUUGUCUAAUGGCCAUUUUUGCGGCAACAGCAUCAUAGUAACUAACAAUGCGAAAAUUGUUACUGCAAUAUUUUGUAGAUGUUGUCUCUCGUCUAUGUAAUGGUAAGAGAAAGCCAAUAUUUAAAUCUCCCUUUUUGUGCUCAAACUUUGAAUUCUUUAAAGAAUAAAAGCCAAUACCAGAACCGAAAAUUACUUGAAAUAAGCAAAAGAGGAAAAUUAUCUUUUCCAUUUCACUCAGUCGGGAAGCGAAAUAUUAAAGACUAAUGCGAAGAUGCAGAGAAGCCCCUAUCGGAGAAGUCUCUUUGUAACUAUAAAGUUGUUUAAGAUUUUGUUCUAAAUU